AUGAGGAGUGUCAUUGUUCUCUACAGGUUGAAUAAUUGUGGUUUCACAAAUGAAGCUUGUGCUGCUUUGGCUUCAGCUCUGAGAUUGAACCCUUCAAACCUGAGAGAACUGGCUCUGACUAAAAAUAGAAGUCUAGGAAGUAAUGGAGUAAUUUCUCUCUCUACUGUACUCAGGGAUCCUCAGUGCAAACUGGAGAAACUGAGCUUGUGUGAAUGUGGCAUCACAGAAGAUUGUUGUGCUGAUCUGGCUUCGGCUCUGAGAUCAAACCCCUCACACCUGAGACAUCUGGACCUGUCUGAUAACAGCCUAAAAGACACUGGUGUGAAGUUGCUCUCUGAUGGUCUGAAGAGUCUUCACUCCCUUGAGAUACUGUGGUUGUGGGGUUGUCGUUACACAGAGGAAGGUGCUACUGCUUUGGCUUCAGCUCUGAAAUCAAUCAUUGAACACCUGAGAGGGCUGGAUCUGUCUAAUAAUAGAGUAGGACAUUCAUUGACUCUGCUGUCAGAAGUAAUACAGGAUCCUCGCUGUAAACUGGAGAGCCUGCAGUUGUAUUUAUGUAGUCUCACAGUUGAAGGCUGUGCUGCUCUGGCUUCAGCUCUGAAAUCAAACCCCUCACACCUGAGAGCAAUGGAUCUGUCUGACAAUAAUGUAGGUGAUUCUGCAGUAAAUCAGCUCUCUGCUGUACUGGAGAAUCCUCGCUGUAAACUGGAGAGUUUGUGGUUGAGGGGUUUUGGGAUCACAGAUGAAGGUUGUGCUGCUCUGGCUUCUGCUCUGAAAUCAAACCCUGGACACCUGAGACAACUGAUUCUGCAUAAUAAUAAUAUAGGACAAUCAGUAAGGAAGUUGUUUACUGAUAUGAGGGAUGAUCCACAUUACAUACUACACCACGUGCAAAUCUGACUUUAGACGUCAGUCCAGUUUCCCCAGGAUCAGCUGAUGGUGAAUAAAGAGCCAAUACAGAAGCACAAUCACACAAUCAAUAGAGACUCAAGACAGAUUUUGCUUUAUGCUGGUCUGUUCUUUUAAAUUACAGAUUUCCACAAUGAUUUUUUAGAGGACCUGAAAUCACUUUAUCAUUUAAAACUCAAUUU